AUGGCGUCCGUUCAAGCUCCAGGAUCAUCUGCUCCCUCUUCCAACAUCAACUCUCCUAUCAUACCCCCGGGCAACGGGCCUCUUCUCAAUGGUACAUUUUCCGAUUUGAACCCACGAUCCUCCCCUGCACCAGCUAGCAACGCCUCAGUCCAGGGAGAUAGUGCGCGCGCAAAGCGGAAUAAGCGUGACAGCCGCAAGAAACGUGAAGCCAAGGGUCUGGAUGUCGAAAGCGCACCCCCUCCCAAGAAACGUGCCACGGCAACAAGCAUAGCUCGACCUAGCUCAAAUCUCCAAAUUCUCCGUCCAUUGCUUCUCGCCGAACCUCGUUCAUCAGAUCAUUAUCCACCCCCACUGCGACAAUUCAAUCAAGUGGCUAGAAAAAAAUCCGACGUGAUUGGCGACAGCUGGAAUUUCUACGAAGUGGUCGAUAAACUUACAAAUAAGAAUGGGUUUCGCUAUAGCUACGCCAUUGCUGAUGCGGGAUUCCCUCAUAUCAAAUACCGUCAGACUGACGUUCAACCAUAUCAUGCCCGUUUCAGCUUCGAGGAUUCGCCUGCUGCCAUAUUCUUCUCACAAGACGCUAGGGCGGUGACCACUAGCGAUGCGUGGCACACAGCACGGGCGAAUGUAUGUGCUCGGGAAGGCUCAUUAUACUACGAGGCUCGGGUCAUCAGUGGUGUUGUGAACGGUCCUCCUGGUUCCGAGUCUCGUGGUCACGUCCGGUUAGGAUUUGCACGGCGCGAUGCUGACCUCGAUGCUAAUGUUGGAGUGGAUUGCUAUGGCUACGGCAUUCGUGAUGUGAACGGCGAAGUCGUCAACCGCAUGCGCUGCGAGUCGUUUUUCCCAAAGGGCGAGGCUAUUAAUGAAGGCGAUGUUAUCGGCAUGCUUAUUAACCUUCCUCCAUUAUCUCUACACAAAAAGGUCGUCGAAGGUACCUAUGACCCCGCCGUGGAUGGCGAUGGCUCGGGCCCUACACCACAACCUCCGACUGCUACAAACAUCAUUCGAGAUCGCAUACCUUUCCACUACAAAUCCGAUUUCUGUUGGCAGCAAUCCAACGUCUUUUCCACGAAACACCUUCGUGACUACGCCUUCAACUUGAAAGAAACGCCAACUUUCGGACCCCCUUCACCAUACAACAGCGAAGAUGCAUCGCUUCGUACUUUACCCGGAUCCAGCAUCACCAUUUUCAAGAACGGCGUGAAGAUAGGCUCCCCUUUCAAAGAACUGUACGCCUUUCUUCCCCCAGCAAGCCGCCUGGCUAGUACAAGCAAUGUUGGAAUUGGCGAGCGUGAGAAUGCCGAUGACGGCAUGAUUGGCUACUACCCGGCUGUUAGUUGCUAUGGUGGUGGUGCUGUUGAAUGUCGGUUCGAGGGUCCGUGGUGGGUUGGUCCACCCGAGCAAACCGAGGCUGGAGAACCCAUUCGGGCCAUUGGGGAUCGGUUCAAUGAGCAGAUUGUCGAAGAUGUAGUCGCCGAUAUCGUGGACGAGAUUGAAGCAAUGUUCACUUGGGGCGGUGUCGACGGCGACGUUAUCGGCGAUAAUAAUACCGAAGAGCUGGAUGCCGCAUCUGGUGCUAUCAGAGGCUCAGAGGUAUUGAAAGGCGGCGUCGGUGCUGCGCUUGACCUGGAAAAUUCUGUUGCUACUCCUGGAUCAACUGCUGGUGCUGCGGGAUCUGACUCGGCUAUGAAUGGUCAUCAUGCAAUUCUGACCGUCAAUGGGGACGAUAUUGGGAACUCGAUUGCGGAUGAUUCGAUAAGCGUCGGUACCCCUGGCACAAAUGGGACAGUCGGCACGCCAAGGAUUACCGUAGAAAUUCCUGUACGUCCAGAUGAUGAGGACGUGGAGAUGACCUGA